GUCUGAAUAAGAGAGAGAAAGAGUGAUAUGGGGAGAGAGAGAGACGCGCAGAGAAAGAAAAAUAAGAGAGGGAUGGGAAGAAACGCUAUAUAGUGAAAUCGGAAGUAUUUCAAGUCCAGCUCGUUGGUCUAAAGCAUUUUAAAACGUCCAGUGCAACCGAUUCAGCGUUCAGUGUGAUUUCGUAUCCAUUACGAGUUACUAAAAGUCUGUGAUCGGUUUCAUAUUCAAUACGUUAUAUACUUUUUUUUCGCAAGCCAUAUAAUACUAAGGCUUUUUUUCCGUCACCGUCUCAAGAUCUUUAAUACGUCAUUCACCCCCUCCGCCGUAUAGUCAUCAUGUUGGUCAUCGUAACGUAUCUGCCGGCGCUGUUGCUGUUGUCUGCAGCCGUGGCCGCGCGAGCGGGUCAUUCCGUUCACGAUCCGAACGAAUAUUACAGUGAGCCCAACUAUCAUUUCAAUUACGGCGUCAAGGACUUGCACACUGGUGACCUGAAAAGCCAAUGGGAGAAGCGGGAGGGCGACGUGGUUAAAGGGUCAUACAGCUUGAUGGAGCCGGACGGUUCCAUACGGACGGUUGACUAUACGGCCGACAGCCAUAACGGGUUCAACGCGGUCGUGUCCAAGAGCGGCCACAACGUUCACCCCGCCCAACACCACCAGCAACCAAAGCAGAUCCAGCACCACCAACAGCAACAGCAACAACUGUCACUGCACCAGACUUACAAGCAACAACCGUUGGCACAACAGCCGGCUGCAGCGUACCAGGUACCCCAGCAGCACAAGCCGGCGUUGGUCGCUUACAAGCAGGCGCCGCCGUCUAAGUACCCACCGCCCCUUCUGUACCGCGGCUUCUACGGAAAGUCUUCACCAACGGCCACUGCAGCCGCUGUCAACUAUAUGGCGUACCCAAAUCGUCUGCCUCAGGAUUCCGACGUAGCCACGGCCACUCCAAAAUAUUACACUGCCCCUGCCGCCGCCGCCGCCGCCGCUCCUCAGUAUUACGCUGCAUCGCCGGCCGAAUACGACGUCCAAGCCAAAGCCGAAGCCGAAGCCGCUCCCGAGUAUUAUUACUACGCGUCAGCCGUGACUCCCGAAACCGAAUCGCUGGCACCAUCCCCAUCACCGUCACCUACGCCAGACUCGGCCAAGGCCGGUCCCGUUUUGUUCCCGGCCGACAACGCUACGGCGGCGGCCGACACCACGUCCGACCGACCUUCGGCGUCGCCCACGCCAAUCACUCUGCUCAAAUACGAACCUGCGGACAACAACGGCGGCCAACCUCUGUACGCUGACUACAACUAUUACGCAUAAUUCAAUAAUUACAUACAUAUUAUUGUAUGUCCCCCGUCUUCCUGCCAAAAGAGUUAUUUUUUUUAGACUUUACUCGUAUUAAUAAUAAUUUAUAAUUAUUGUCGCGUGUACAGUACUCCCUCAUUCCCUGCCAUCCCCUGACCCAAUCGUAAGGAUAAGAUUUAUUUUGCUUACGGGACAAGCCUUCUCCCAAUCCGCCUUACCUAAAAAUGUGUAAUAUAACUUAUAAGUACGAAAUCGAGUUGCUAAUACUUUUAUUUUUACAGAUGAAAUUAUCCUCGCGUUACGAGAUGUUAAUAUAAUAUUAUAAAGUCUAGUUUUCAGAUAAAAAACCGCAUGUAUAGUAAAAUAACACGUACUCGCGGUAUAGGUACCUAUAGGUAAUAUAGCAAAUAUGAGUAUACUCAUAUUUACUUUCUCUAUCGAUCGAGCUAUGCGUCUUCUCGCCGUCUCUUCAAAAUCCACGUUUUCCCCAAACGAGCUAUUUGAUUUUUCUACUGUGCAAUCUAACUAUAUAUAAUAUUUCGAAUCAAAAAUACUGUCCGCAAACAAACCAUAAUAUAGAUAUUAAUUCCGUUGGUCGGACAAAACACUAUACGCAAUAUUAUAUUAUUAUAUUAUUAUUGUAUUAUACACCUUAGUGCAACCAAAUAUUUUUAAUUAUUAUUAUGUGUAUUUUAGAUUUAGGACAUUACUAUAGUCUUUGUAACGAAGUGCAAUAUUUUAUUUGAUCUUUUUCGUGUUUAUUUAAUGUUAACAUAAUUAUUUUUUGUAUUUAUAGUACAUAAUGUAGGGUGUUUAUAAUUUAAAACACGCGUUUUAUGUGCAUUAGUUUAUAUAUAUAUUUUUUUUAAUAAAUAUUAAUUGUUUUAUAUAUAAAAA